UCCCACUCGCGACGAUUCGAUCCACAGGCGCGUGGAAUCUGCAGGGAUUCCUCUCUGCUCUGACAUCGGGGUCUGUCCUCCACUCAACUGCACGGGCCGAGAGACACAGACAGACACAGGCAGAGAGACAGGCAGACAGACAGGCAGAGACACACAGAGACACACACAGACAGACAGAGCACCGCAGGGUGAGAUGAACACCCUGUUGUCCCGCCUGAACGCGCUCUUUGCGUUCACGCUCACCGUCAUGGCGAGCGUGACGCUGCUCUGCUUCGCCAGCACCGCCUACCGCCAGCAGCAGCCGCUGCCCCAGCCGCUCGGCAUCGCCAUCACGUCCGUUCUCGUGAAGAACGUGGAGGACUUCACGGGGCCGCGGGACAAGAGCGACCUCGGCUUCGUCACCUUCGACCUGAAGGCCGAGCUGCAGCCGCUCUUCAACUGGAACGUGAAGCAGCUGUUCCUGUACGUGACGGCCGAGUACACCACGGCGGCCAACGCAGUGAACCAGGUGGUGCUGUGGGACCGCAUCGUGCUGCGGGGUGAGAAUGCCUCGCUGCACUACCACAGCCUGCGCUCCAAGUACUUCUUCUUUGACGACGGCAACGGCCUGCGGGGUAACCCCAAGGUGUCUCUGUCCCUCUCGUGGAACGUGAUCCCCAACGCCGGGGUUCUGCCGCUGCUGUCGGGCACUGGGGCCUCGUCGGUGCGAUUCCCAGACAGCUACGAGACCACCAAGACCUACUGAGCCACAAGAUACUCACCACGCUCACCACCACUCGCCACACACAAAGACCCACAGACUCAUCACACAGAGACCCACAGACUCAUCACACAGAGACCCACAGACUCACCACACAGAGACCCACAGACUCACCACACGGAGACCCGCAGACUCACACAGAGACCCGCAGACUCGCAUGGAAACCUAUAGACUCAUCACACAGAGACCCACAGACUCACCACACGGAGACCCGCAGACUCACACAGAGACCCGCAGACUCGCAUGGAAACCUAUAGACUCAUCACACAGAGACCCACAGACUCACCACACGGAGAGCCACAGACAGAGACCCGCAGACUCACACAGAGACCCGCAGACUCACACAGAGACCCACAGACUCACACAGAGACCCACAGACUCACACAGAGACCCACAGACUCACACAGAGACCCACAGACUCACACAGAGACCCACAGACUCACACAGAGACCCACAGACUCGCUACACGGAGAGCCACAGACUCACCACACGGAGACCCGCAGACUCACACAGAGACCCACACAGAGACCCACAGACUCACACAGAGACCCACAGACUCACACAGAGACCCACAGACUCACCACACGGAGAGCCACAGACUCACAGAGACCCGCAGACUCACACAGAGACCCACAGACUUACACAGAGACCCACAGACUCACCACACGGAGAGCCACAGACUCACCACACAGAGACCCACAGACUCACCACAGAGACCCGCAGACUCACCACACAGAGACCCACAGACUCACCACACAGAGACCCGCAGACUCACCACACAGAGACCCGCAGACUCACCACACAGAGACCCACAGACUCACCACACAGAUACCUGCAGACUCACCACACAGAGACCCACAGACUCACACAGAGACCCACAGACUCACACAGAGGCCCGCAAACUCACACAGAGACCCACAGACACACAGAGACCCGCAGACUCACACAGAGACCCACAGACUCACCA